UUCUAACCUUUUUCCUGUAUAGUUACAGCUUGGUGCAAGGAAAAACAAAUACGUGCUCCUUUAGAAGACAUGAGCCUUGGACAACUUGAUAGAAACCUCCGUCGUUUUUACGCUGAAGCAAGAAAAAUAAACGGAGAAAUGUACAGCAAGAAGACACUACUCGGCUUUCGGCAUGCCAUUGAACGCCAUCUCAACCAGCCACCCUUGUCGAGAAGCCUUAAGCUGUCUACCGACCCUAGAUUCAAGCGGUCAAACGAGAUGCUGGAUGCUCAGCUUGUACAGAUGAAGAGAAAUGGCCUUGAGAACACCAAGCACAAACCCGCCAUCGAGGAUGAAGACCUAAAAAAGCUCAAAACUUUCAAAGCACUUUCUCCGGAUACCCCAUCCAGUCUCCUAAGAAAUAUGUUGUUCCACGUGGUCCUGCACUUUUGUAGAAGAGGUAGAGAGGGUCAGCGAGCGUUGAAAAAAAAAACAAGCUUCCUGUUUGAAGAAGAUGCAAGCGGCCGGCGCUCCGUAACUAUGUCGCACGACGAAGCGACAAAAAACGAUCCUGGAGUGAACGACACCGCGAGUUCAUAGAAACAAGCCCGAAUGUACGAGACAGACCACCCAUAUGAUGGAUUCAAAUCUUUUCAAUUGUAUAUUUCGAAACUGAAUCCCAAAUGUGAAACAUUUUUCCAGUUUCCAACGAAAUGCUGGCGUCCCGACGAUGACGUGUGGUUUGACAACAAGCCUGUCGGAGUAAACAAACUGGACGGUAUGAUGAAAGAGAUAAGCCGUGAAGCAAACCUCUCACGUCAACACACAAACCACUGUGUCAGAGCCACUGCAAUAACUUUGAUGUCUAAUGCUGGAGUUCCAAACCGCCAUAUUAUGGCCAUUUCUGGUCAUAGAAACGAGCAAAGCUUGCCGCACUACAACACACGGCCGUCCACACAGCAGCUUCACAAUUGCUCCGAUGUUAUUUCACGCAGUUGGACCUCAGGACAGUCCGUAGUCCCGAUGAAUCCUCAACAAGCAGCAGUGAGUCUUUCGACGGCUGUCCAGCAAAAUAAUGUGGUCGUUGAUGUUACCAAGAGCCAAGGAAUGCCAUUUGGAUCCUUGUUCAGUAACUGCACAAUCCAAAAUGUGCAGGUUGUGAUGGCAAAAAGUGAUCACUGAAAUCGAACCACAAGUGUAACCCCGUAAAAGCUUUAGCAAUCUUGGUUUGGAAAAAUUGUUGUAGAAACAUUUUAAAGACUGUUCUUUCCAUUUUCUACUCAGUAGUAGUAGGUUACCCGUAAGAUUGGACUCUUGGAUUGUCAUAUGUUGUAGAGAGAAGUGUUCUCGAAAUCCCGUAAUAAAGAUUUUGCCAGUGUGUUGAGCACGUGUGUCUGCGCACGCACGAUGGUUAUGUAAUCACUUUUUCAGAAAUUAAAUUUUCGCUCUUUGCUAUGUUAUAAAA